AUGCCAUCAGGCGCAAGGAACGCCAAGACCUCUUGCCUCAGGAUGGACGAGAGAGGUGUCCUUGUGCCGGAGGACAUCCAGAAACGCCCCCAAUACCAGCAGCUGCGACGGCGGCGGCAGCAGCAGCAGCAGCAACAGCAACAGCAUCAUCAUCAUCAUCAUAAUCAACAUCAUCAUCAGCAGCAUGGCGCCUCCCAGAGCCCUCCCAUUCCGCCCAAAGAAUUACACACUAGAAGCACCACCACCACCACCAGCAACAACAGCGGCGGCGGCAGCAGCCGGGGCAACAGCAACGGCAACAGCAACGGCAACAGCAACGGCAACAGCAACGGCAACAGCAACGGCAACAGCAACGGCAACAGGGGCUACUGCCGCCGCCGCCGCCGCCUCCUCCCGUUCCUGCUGGCCCCCCAGCUCUCUCUGGUCCUGUGGCAAUUGAAGAAGAGGAAGCAUGAUGAUAACAUCAGGCGCGAUGAGCGCGCCAGGAUCACUCGCGUGAUCGAAGAAAUGGGGCAUGAUGUCUCAUUGUUACCAGAGAGGUUCCAGAGAGAGCUGGGGGUGCCCCAGCUACGGUCCAACUUGACUGAGGCCCAGAAACUCCGUGUCAUUGAGUUGGACGGUGAGUGGGCCGUAGCAAAGCAGGAGCGGGAGGCGGCGCACCAGAAGCGCAAAGAGGCUAAAGCAGCCUGGGAGGAGGCAGAGAGGGCAUGGGCUGAGGCAGACAAGCGGGUGAAGGCAGUGUCCGCGGAAAGGCGGCUCUUCUUUGAAGAGUAA